GGUGUUUAUGUUGACGUUUUAUGUUGUUAUUUUAAUGUAUUUUGAUAUUUUCUGACAUGUCGUUGAUAUAUUUGAGAAUUGAAAAAAGUAUUUGGACAAUCUGGCUAUCUUUCUAACUAUACAAUCAAUUAAAAUACACCAUUAUAGACAAGUCAAACAAACAGCUUCGGUCCAUGCUAGGUUUACAUUACCGUUAGCUAGCUGUUUGUUUACGUUAUGCGACAAACGUAGCAAGCUAACUUACUCAACAACAUGUCUCAGUUGCCAUUAGGAUUUCUCGCUGUAUGAUAAUCGCCAUUGUAACUAAGUGGUGUUUGAUAUGACGUCUUAUACAGCUAGAUAACCAGCUACGCUAGCUGGCUUGGUACUGUUCAUAUUGUUGUGGAUAUAGCUAGUUAGCUUAGCUAGCGUAGCUAACUUGAUAUUUGCUACCAUAGCUGUUAUCAGAGAUGUGUUGUCAGUUAUGAGUAAGUAACAAGAACAUUGCUGGUUAUAUUGAUAGUCUUUAGCUAGCUACUUGACUCAAACAAAGUGUCAGCAAACGAUUUGACUAGUAGCAUACCGUUCAAACUCUGUUUUGCAGUCGAAUGUCAUUGUUUGAGGGCUUGAGGCUAUGGACAGGGCCUAUUAGCUUCAGCGAGCAAAGCAGUUCCAAAAGGAGCCACUGGUUUACAGUGGUAGUGAAUGUGGUAGAGUCCCAGUCUAGGUAUGGAGCAGUGUGCGUGUGUGGAGAGGGAGCUGGAGAAGGUACUCCAUAGGUUCGUCAUGUACGGACACCAGUCAGAGGAACGUCUGGACGAACUACUACGCAGCGUCUGUGAGCUACGGGGACAGCUGGUUACAUUCGGGGUACAAGAUGCAGAUCUUUCGGUGCUAUCGCAGACGAUGGCCCAGUGUUGUAAGAACAUUAAAGAAACGGUACAGCUGCUGGCCUCCAGACACAAGGACAUCCACGGCAGUGUCUCCAAAGUCGGCAAAGCUAUCGACAGGAACUUUGAUGCAGAGGUGAGUGCAGUGGUGGCAGAGACCGUGUGGGACUCACCUGAGAGACAGAAGUACCUGAGUGAGACCAUUGUGGAACACCUGUACAGACAAGGCAUGCUGAGUGUGGCAGAGGACCUAUGUCAGGAGUCUGGAGUAGUGAUUGACAUGAGCAUGAAGCAGCCUUUCUUGGAACUCAACAGGAUCCUGGAGGCCUUGAGGAUGCAGGACCUCAGACCAGCACUAGAGUGGGCAGUAACAAACCGGCAGCGCCUGCUGGACCUGAACAGUACCCUGGAGUUCAAGCUGCACCGCCUCUACUUCAUCAGCCUGUUAAACGGAGGCAUCACCAACCAGCUGGAGGCGCUACAGUACGCCAGGCACUUCCAGCCCUUCGCCUCACAGCACCAGAGAGACAUCCAGAUCCUCAUGGGUAGUCUGGUAUACCUGAGGCACGGCAUAGAGAACUCUCCCUACCGCUCUCUGUUAGAGACCAACCAGUGGGCUGACAUCUGUAACAGCUUCACCAGGGACGCCUGCGCUCUGCUGGGGCUGUCUGUAGAGUCACCUCUCAGUGUCAGUUUUGCGUCAGGCUGCAUGGCUCUGCCCGUCCUGAUGAACAUCAAACAGGUGAUUGAACAGAGACAGUGUAGUGGAGUCUGGACACACAAGGACGAGCUGCCUAUUGAGAUAGACCUGGGAAAGAAGUGCUGGUACCACUCUGUGUUCGCCUGUCCCAUCCUCCGCCAGCAGACGUCAGAGAGCAACCCUCCCAUGAAGCUCAUCUGUGGACACGUCAUCUCCAGAGACGCCCUCAACAAACUCACCAACGCUGGAAAACUGAAAUGUCCCUACUGUCCCAUGGAGCAGAACCCGUCAGAUGCCAAGCAGAUCUUCUUUUGAUCCCCCAUCCUGUUUCCUGAAACCCCCUGGAAACCCCCAGGCAAAGUGGAGCUCCUUUGAGCUACGGUAGCGACCUGCUACCCCAGGACCCCUGUAAAUCCCCCAUCCUACCUCCUAAGAGAGAGAGAUCUCAAAAGGAUCAUUCAUUCAUUGACACUCAUUUGCAGCUGCCCGCAGAACUUACUAUAGGCUAAUUCUUGUUAAGGAUGUGAUGAUGCGUUUAUCAUGGGGUAUCAAGUUGAGUUGUAGAGUUUUUGGACGACUGCUCUGUUCCUUGUUUCUUUCCUCUAUAUAUCCAUCUGUAGGCUUUCCUCAGAACACAGAAUCCUCUAUAUAUCCAUCUGUAGGCUUUCCUCAAAACACAGAAUCCUCUAUAUAUCCAUCUGUAGGCUUUCCUCAAAACACAGAAUCCUCUAUAUCCAUCUGUAGGCUUUCCUCAAAACACAGAAUCCUCUAUAUAUCCAUUUGUAGGCUUUCCUCAAAACACAGAAUCCUCUAUAUAUCCAUCUGUAGGCUUUCCUCAAAACACAGAAUCCUCUAUAUAUCCAUCUGUAGGCUUUCCUCAAAACACAGAAUCCUCUAUAUCCAUUUGUAGGCUUUCCUCAAAACACAGAAUCCUCUAUAUAUCCAUUUGUAGGCUUUCCUCAAAACACAGAAUCCUCUACAUCCAUCUGUAGGCUUUCCUCAACACAGAGUCCUCUAUAUAUCCAUCUGUAGGCUUUCCUCAACACAGAGUCCUCUAUAUAUCCAUCUGUAGGCUUUCCUCUGAACACAGAAUGGUCGGUUGAAUGGAUGUUAGGUGAUGUGACAUUAUGGUUUUUAGGAAGUUGUCUGAUUUCAGGAGAGUAUUUAAACUUCUAUAUUACAGAGGUAAAGCCAAGUGGCCUCUGAGAAAGUAUAUUCACAUAUAUAUUGUAUUGAGAGGUUGUGAUUGGCUGAUAGGUUGAGGUGACCGUGGUUACAGUUUGUGAAUGGAACACUGAUUGUAAAAAAAAGAGUAAAAUCUUGCCUAUUGGCUAUGAUGUAAUAAAGGCCCUGAUUGGUUGAAAGUCACUAUGGGUUACAGUACAUGUAUGUGUGAUGAUCAGCAGUUGUGAUCAUGGAGAGGUCGAGGGUCAAUUGGCUGAUUGAUUUUGCAACUGCCUCCAAUAACAAUAAUUUUCCUGUUUCUUGUUCUGUGUAGGCCGAUCUAUUUAACAAAAACAAAUUCUACUACUGUGAAGUCUGAUUUUGUUUUUAUUUAUCAUCGCUAGAACCAAGUCUCCUGUAAAAUAGUGAAACCUUAAGUAACUUUAUACCUUUUUAUGAAAUAUAAUUCUGCCACAAAAUAGCAACAUCAGUAUUGGAUCCAUGAUCAAAUCCUUCUCAUUGGACCAAACAGAUAGUUCCCAGCCCAUGAAAUGGUGAUGUCAUACCAGCCCAUGAAAUGGUGAUGUCAUACCAGCCCAUGAAAUGGUGAUGUCAGCGAGGUCUGCACCAGCAUAUCUUUAACAGCCGACACAUGGUAGCAGUCAGCCAUUAUAGCAACUCUGCACUGAUCUCCAGUCAGAAUGAAUGAUGGUGACAGGUCUUUAUUUGUGCGUACACGUUCUUUUGUGUUUAGUUGAUUUGACAUUUUAUUUCCUGCUUUUGGUUGACAAUCAUUCACCUCCUUUCCCAGAAUAAGAUCUGUUAUGGCUUCUUCCUUGGGUUCUUUUUCUUGUCCAGCAGUCAGAGUUAUUGAGUUGUCUGAUAGGUUUGCCUUUUACCUGCUUCUUUAUUCAAGUUUUAUUGUACAUAUUUAUUCUCUAACAUGUUUCAUAUUAUACUUGCAUCUUGAAAUGGAAUAAAGACUUUAUACUCCAA